ACCUGCGUGUGUCUGCAAAUCUCCCAUCCACAUCUGUGCAUGACUUAAACGGGAGAUGUGCAACGUGAGCGCGUUCGUCGGUCUGGUCGAGACAUUAAAACCAAGCUGGAUGUGCAGCAUCCGAAGCACUAAAAUCCAUCAGGGCAGCAGAAACGCAAGAUGACAUAUCGGCUGGGGCUCGUUUUUUUUUAUGAGGUCGUGUUUCUUCCAUUCCGGCAUGUUCGCUUCAUGCGCGGACAAGUUCCUGUCGUUUGAGGAAUUUUGCCCCGAUACAUCAAGUGAUAUGAAUGUAAAUGUGGGGCGGACGUGGUUUCAGGGAACACAAUCUGCAGCUUCAGGAAGCGCUGUGUCCGCGGCCCGCGUCCUUCCGGAUCCCAAACCUCCGCCCGAACCACUGGAGGAGCUUCACGUGUUGUUGUUUUUUUUUUUUUUGUUGUUGUUGUUUUUUUGCCUUUGACAUUUUAAGCAUUUUAUUCCACCCGCGGGGACUCGCGGUGACUGUAACAGCAGUCAGCGGUAAUCUCUGAUAAUCCCCGCGCAGAUUACCAAAUUACAAGCGGGCAAAAGAACAGAGUGCACGGAUCAGGUCAGCGGCCACCUGACAAAAAAACCACUCUUUCCACCGCAGCGUGAACGGAUGUGAGGAAGGAGCGCGAGAGCGGGAGGACGUCAUUCCGCCGCGUGGCCCACGGGCCGCCCUCCCACUUUGCGUCCUUUUAGGAGCUCGGCCGAGGAUUAACGUGCUUAAUUCACUGGGCUCUCUGGGUUAUGGACAGUAUUUAAACAGAUGUAACCCCCAAUGGAUCAAAAUGUGGGACAGCUCGACAUGUAGGAAAACACGCACUCAUCCUCUGCCAUUAAGCACCGACAAGUUCACGGGCUGGUAGCGCAAGAGAGAGAGAGAGAGACGGGUAUUUAAAAGUUCCUGUCUCGCUGUCAGUUCCGACAUGAUUUCUGGAGCGCAGAUGCCUCAGCCUGUCUCGCGCCCUCGUUCUCACUGCGGGGGGGCAUUCCUCCAACCCCGGCCUCUGGCACACAGUAAAUCUGCCUGAGAGGAGGAGAGCCUCACUGCACCGGGGAGGACGUGCGGCUGAACGUGACCUAUUGAUCAGUUCUCAAGCUCGUGCCCCCCCCACCCCCCUCCAAACGAGUACCUGUCUGUUAGCGACCGAGCUGAGGUGAAGGAGCGGCUGUAAAAGGUGUGAAUGGCACGAGGGGGGCUCCGUGCAGGCAGCUCCCUCCCAUCCUGCCUCCCUGAGGAAUGCAUACCUCGGUUGGAGAUCCCAUAAAGAACGAAGGAAAGCCGAGCGUUCAGCAUCACCCUGCACACGUGGAUCGAACGCAACACCGAUCACCUAAAUCUGCCUCAGAUGAGCUUUUCUGCGCCAUUAGCGGACGCGUUGAGGAACUGAGCUCAUGUGAGGAAUCAAAAGGCGUCGGCAGCGUGCGCGUUGCACCACUCGGGCAUUUCCCAAGAAGGAAGAUGUUCACACCUCCUCCUUUCAGGCGAUUAGAGCGACUGCACUGUGACUGACUGACAUUUCCAGUCCGCUCACAAACAGCAGCGCGACGAGAAGAGCUCCCACUGUAGAACAGAAAGAAAAACAAAGCAAACAUGGCGCCCUCGACCCCAGAGCCGGCGGCCCCGAACGGCACCGUGUUCCUGGACUCCGAGUUCCGCUACGUCCUCCUCCCCGUGGCCUUAGGCAUCAUCUCCGUCCUGGGCGCCGUCGCCAACACCUACGUGCUGUUCGUGCUGCGCUCGCUUCGCGAGGCCAAGGCCAUGGGCGAGAUCCGAAUCUACAUGACCAACCUGACCAUCGCCGACCUGCUCUUCGUCUGCGCCCUCCCCUUCUGGGUCGACUACUACAGCCGCGGGGGCAACUGGGUCUACCAGGACUUCCUGUGCCGCCUGACCGGCAUCAUGUUCUUCGUCAACAACUACUGCGCCAUCCUCUUCCUCGGGGCCAUUAGCGUCAACCGCUACUGGGCGGUGACCCGGCCGCUGGACGCCGCCUCCUCGGACCACCGGCGCCGCGGCAUCGUCAUCAGCGUCCUCAUCUGGGCGGUGGUCGGGCUGGGUAGCGCCUUGCAGCUGGCGAACUCGGGGGUCAACAUCGACGCCAACCACGUCACCCGCUGCUGCGAGGGCUACCAGGGAGCUGGAGAGCCCGAGAAGAAGCUGCUCGCCGCCAUUCAUUUCGCCAUCGUCGGGGCGUUCUUCGCCAUCUUCGUCCUGGUGGUGGUCUGCAACGCCCUCAUCGCCCGGACGCUAAUGUCUCAAAACACCUGUCAGUCCGAAUCCCAGUCGAUGAAGUCGUUGUUCAGGAAGUCCACCUGGACCGCGUCGUCGGCGGGCAGGAGGCCCCGCGGCGUGAAGCGGCGGGCGCUGCAGAUGCUGUGGGCGGUGGUGGGCGUGUUCGCGCUGUGCUUCGUGCCGCACCACGUGGUCCAGGGCCCCUGGACGCUGGCGGUGGUGCAGAUCCAGGAGGGCUGGGGCCACGUGGACUGGGAGCAGCGGACGCUGCAGGCGCUCAACGACGCGCACCAGAUCACGCUGGUCCUCAUGGCCCUCAACUGCAUCCUGGACCCCGUGGUGUAUUUCUUCGCCACCCGGAGGUUCCGGAAGGUCAUCAAGAGCCACGCCAGGAAGCUGGCGAGGGGCGAGGGCUGCUCGCAGACGGCCCUGACCCAGCUCUCCGUGGACAGCAGGAACCAGAGCCAGCGGCUGCAGGGCGAGCAGCCCGGCGCCGCCGCGGAGGCGUCGGCGGCUUCCUGAAGGGCGGCCAUUUUGAUUUUGCGAGCGGGAGCGCGGGAGGCGGCAUCAAAACGCAUCAAACGCGCGGCAGUGUCAGUAAAAGAGAGUGUGAGAAUAUUGUCUCAGAUCGAAGCAGGGACUGCGGCUUCAGUGCUUGGGUGAAACCGCAAAGAAGCAACCUCCCAAGGUCGCGUUGCACAACUUUGUCUGUGACCAAGAAAGCUGUGAAUAUUUGCUACAUACAACAUUUUAAUACAUCUAUUUUUCAUGUAUUUUUUUAUGCUUGUUCAAGUAAAGCUGUAAUUUGUAAUUAAAGUGUGUUUCUGAACAUU